AUGAAGCUGGUGAAGACGAAGAGUGUUGACGAGAAGAAGAGUGGGAAAAGAUUUGCUCCUGCUGAAGGUGUUGAUAGUAAAACGAAAAGUAGUACUAGUACCACAAGUACAAGAACCAAGCCAGAAAUAGCAACAUCUUCACCAGCAAGAAAGGAGAACAAGAACAAGGAUGAGUCCACGCCUGUUUCCACUACGAAAUUGUCUACUACGCAAUUGUAUAUUUCUCUUGAGAACUUGACG